UCGAAAUUGUUUACUGAAAUGUCAGCCGUGUAAAAUAAGCAAAACAAAGGUGUACCAAAAAACACCGCACACCGUCCGAAAUGUUGCUGUUUAUGCUGGUGUGUGUAUUAAAAACGGUGGCCACCCUCGAUCAAUACAAUAAUGGUCUUUAUGGCAACGAUUGUGCCACCGUUUGUCAGAAUAUAAACCUGCCCAAGCUCGAGUUUGAGAAAUAUGAACAGGUUGUUUGUCAGAGGGGUUGUCGGUUUUAUAACAUGCACAAAUAUAAGGAUGAACUAAACCCCAAUGGUACCAUAAAAGAAUGUCAUAACUCAUGCUUGGAUUCGUAUCCCGUGACCGAGGAGAAUGAGUGUUGCAACAAAGGAUGCGAUGAAAUGGCGAAAAAAUGGAAAAUUGAAAUCCCCUUCUUAAUCAUAUCUCCCGAUGACGAUGUGAACACCAUAGUGCUGGCCGAACCAGACAUGGAAAUACUAGAGACCGAAAUGUCGGAUCCAAGCAUCAAAAGCCAAUUGGAAAUAGGUUUCAACAUCGAUUACAAAAUUCCCGAAACCCACAUUCGAACCAUGCCCAUAAGGUUUUCAGAGACGCGGUACGUGGAGAAGGAGAGCAGCGAUUGGUUGGAUUGCGCGUCCAGAAAUUCGGGAAUCCCCCGAUGGAUACUGGUGUCGGCUAUUCUGUCCGCCAUACUAGUGGCUUUGUGGCUUAGCGUUGCCACUAAACAGGUCGACGAUGAACCCAUUGUGGACGUGGAUGUAUCGGAUAUCGGCGUUUUGGUUGGGCCUAUUGGUGAUGUGAUAGAUGAAAAGGCUGACUUUGAAGUCACCAUUCCGAAUUUCCAAAUGAAAUGGAUGGAAAUGAAGAAUGAAACUGUUUAAAGUAGAUAUACGACAUGUAUAUGUAUAUAUUUCUUGUAUAUGUGGUUCAAUUAGGGCAAUAUUUGCUCGAGUUACGUUCUCAUAGCUUUUAAAUUAUUUUAGGCACUGUUAAGGGUGCUUAUUUAACAAUCUAAGUGUGCAAUACAUGGAUCUAGUCGGUAACUUUCAUUUGGUGAUCUCAUAUAUACACAAAUUUUACAAUUUGUUUUAAAUACUCAAAUAAAAUAUUUAAAAUUCA